AUGCGAUCAAUUCUAUAUUCAAUUAAUAUUCGAUUAUGUUUGACCAGUAAACUAGUAAAACGUUUUCAUAGUUCCGGACAUAUUCCAUUUGAAAAACGUGUUCCACAAGAAUGUAUUCGUUUAUCCAAUGUUCCAUUAUUAGUAUCCAUAGUAAAAUCAUUUUCUAAAAUGAAACCAAUGAAAGAUUAUACAAUAUCAAAUAUUCAACAUGAACUAGGUGAUAUAAGUGCACAAGUCGAAGCAUUAAUAGUUCUUGGUGCAUUACCCAAUGAUUUAUAUUUUCUUCCUCCAUCCUAUUCACAUAAUAAACAAUUUCAAUUAUUUAUUUCAAAACAUUUUCGAGUUCCAAAAGAAAAUUUCUUUGAAUCAUCAUCAUAUCGUUUACGUUAUAAUUAUGAUAAAUAUCGUUUAUUAAAUGUUAUAUUUCAUUUAAAUAAAAUGGUUCAAAUGGAAUUAUUAAAAGAACGAAAUAAAGAAAAUAAUUUACUUGUAUUAGAUGAUGGAGGUUGUUUUUCUGAAUCAUUAUCAAUUUUAUUUGAUAUUGAUGAAGAUAAAUUAAAUCGGAUAUUAAAUUAA